ACGAGGCUUUUGAAUGUGAACGGAUAGGCCACCUGCUCAUUUCAUAAAAGGGCUCUUUGUUGACAUCUUAUCUAUCAGUCUCAAAAGUCGUGCCGAGAAAAUUGAAAAAGCCAGUCAACGAGGAUAUCGAAAGCAAUGGAUGAAUCAAAUGACUCUAUGAAAGUUGAUGUUGAAGACGAAGCUCCAAAGUCCGAGACGCCAAGCAUCGUUCCGAGUGUAACACAGGAAGAAAAGCUUGGCCAGAGUUCGGAGGGUCCAGAUGCGCUAAUGAGCGAAUCGAGCCUCGAUAGUCCUGCCAUGGCAGGCGAGGAGGGGACAAAAAGAAGUUCAGGACCAGGGUCAUCGAAAGGUGGAGCAAGUAAGAAAAGGAGAAAGUUACUAAAAGAUGCAAAUGCGCCACGAGCACCUUUGACUGGUUAUGUUCGUUUCUUGAACGACCACCGAGAUAAAGUCAGAAGUGAAAACCCCGAUUUGCCGUUCCAUGAAAUCACGAAAAUUUUAGGCCAGCAGUGGAGUAACCUGCCUCAAGAACAGAAGCAGCAAUACCUAGACGAGGCGGAAAAAGAUAAAGAAAGAUACAUGGGUGAAUUGGAGGAUUACCAACAAUCAGAGAGGUACAAAGAUUUCAUGCAGCGCAAAAGGAAAGAGGCCGUUGAAAUGAAUAUAUCAGACAAUGAUGAAGAGCUCUACUGCAGGCCUUGUAACCAGCAUUUCAAUUCUUACCAUAAUAAGCGAGAACAUUUAAGUGGACGGAGACAUUUGCAAGUCAUAAGUGAACAAAUUUCAGGAAGGGGGCUUUCAUCUUUCAAAGAAGAAAGCAGAACAAGUUUGAACAAUUUAGAUCAAGUUGCAAAUAGUUUCCCAGUAAAGAGUCAGAGUUUGUCAGCACCAUUGUCAAGUGCAGUAAACGUUGCCAACCCAAGUAGCCAGGGCAAGAGUUCAUUAGGUCCAAAACUUACUGUUGAAGGUGAUGUUACUAUACCUAUCUUCACCCAAGAGUUUCUUUCUUACACCAGAUCUAAAGAGUCGGUGUUUAGAAGGCUUAGAAAAAUUAACACUGAUUUAGAGGAGCAGAAUUCCAUUCUCAACAAGCAGAUUGACAGCAUGAAAGUUGCAAAGGACAAGCUGAAGGCGGAAAUUACCCAACAAGAAGAUGAGAGCAUUGUUCUCCAGUCAUACUUAGAAAGGUUACGUUCGCAGCUUGUUGAUUCCUUCUCAGAGAUAGUACUUGCUAAUCUUGGUGAAAACGUAUCUUUGGAAAACAUUGAUGAUUGUAUAUUCAAAAUGGCAGAUAUGGUAACAUCAGGUGGACUAAGUGGCAAAGAAGAACUGGUUACUAAAAUGAAAGAUAUUGUUAGUAAUCUUCCUUAUCAAUCUUUAUUAGAACAGUAAGGAUAUAUAUUUCUUUAGUGGUGAUUGAUCAUUAUGUAUAUACUGAACAUAUUAUUUCCAACAAGUGUUUUUUUCUGGCAACCUUACUGCAAAAGUACAUAAAUUUAUAUUAUAUGAGGCUUAAGGAUUGUUAUAUAUUUUCUGGUUCAUUUUGGUUCAACCAUCUUUGACUUGGAAAAUCAAAUGUUUCACAUAACGCCUUAGGAUAGCUGAUUAUGUUUUUCAUUGAAAAUGUGAGUUUCAUGACUUGUCACCAAUAGUUUAAAGUUACACAGGGCCAUCAGAAGAGGGCAAUAACUGUCAAACUGUACUUUCAUAUCUUGAGAAUGGAGAGUUAUAGAGGGCGGUCUAAUCCACUAAAUACAAACUUGGUUCCAAUGACAUGUAUGUAAAAAACUAUACAAACAAUAGAACUUAAGAGGUAGAACAAUAAAUUUAUAAAAUCUGAUGUCACCAAAAACCAAUUUUAAGAAUUUUAGAAUUUCAACCUCAUAGCAUGAAAGAUCAUCAUGAAAU